UCUUGUAUUUUCUGUGUUAUGGUCCUCUGUGAGCUUUCUCUUCCUCCAGUCAUAAUAUUAAAAAAAGUUAAUUUGUUUUGAAUGUUUAAAAAAUAGACCCUACCCAGGCAUGCAAUCUUGUCUUGUUUGUUUGUUUGCUUUGGUGUGUGUGUGUGUGUGUGUGUGUGUGUGUGAUACCAGGAUACAAUUCAUCUUUAGCUUUUUGAGUGCGGUGUAGUUGACUAGGGUAGGGAGGAACCCAAUUUCUUUCUUUUUCUUUUUUUUUUUAAGUAUCAGUUGUUUGUUAACCUAUGUUUUCGCUAUGGAAAAAUAUCGAGCAGCCUUAACCCUUAACACAAGUAUUCUUAUCAGUCUCUAUUGCUACUUCCUGUGCAGCUGAAACUCUUCAGGAUAAGUGAAGGCAUCCGCUAUCAGCCAGGGUAGCCUAAUGCAUUUGGGAAGUUGGUUUGGUUUACAUGUUAAUGACCUGGAUAAAGUCCAGUAAGGUGUGGAGGAGACGCUUGAGGGAAGUAGAGGGGGUUGUCCGAGGAAGCUGUCCCCCUCGGUAAAUAUGUUCAGACUGAUUCGAAAGUUCAUGGCCCUGCGAUAAAGUCGAGAUUUCAAAUACUUGUAAUUAUUUUAUUACUAAUAUCGGAGAAUCCUUUCGGCUCACUUUCUAGCCUACCUCUCCGGGUCUCAAGACCAAAAGCUUUGUACAGUCUGGGAGGGCAGGAAGCGCACACUGGGAUCGAGACUAGCAGACAUCCUGGAUCGUGGCUUUUACGCGAACGAAUGCAAGGAUUUGGGAACUGAGCUGUGCACGUGCUGAAGAAGGAAACGUGUUUGAAGGAAACAGGAAAGAGAAAGAAAAGGAAGGAAAAAAUACAUAAUUUCAGGGACGAGAGAGAGAAGAAACACGGGGACUAUGGGGAGAAAAAAGAUUCAGAUCACGAGGAUUAUGGAUGAGCGUAACAGACAGGUGACAUUUACAAAGAGGAAAUUUGGAUUGAUGAAGAAGGCUUACGAGCUGAGCGUGCUGUGUGACUGUGAGAUCGCGCUGAUCAUCUUCAACAGCACCAACAAGCUGUUCCAGUACGCCAGCACCGACAUGGACAAGGUGCUGCUCAAAUACACAGAGUACAAUGAGCCGCACGAGAGCCGGACGAACUCAGAAAUCGUGGAGACUUUGAGAAAGAAGGGCCUUAAUGGCUGUGACAGCCCAGAUCCCGAUGCGGACGAUUCAGUAGGUCACAGCCCUGAGUCUGAGGACAAGUACAGGAAAAUUAACGAAGAUAUUGAUCUAAUGAUCAGCAGGCAAAGAUUGUGUGCUGUUCCACCUCCCAACUUUGAAAUGCCGGUUUCCAUCCCAGUGUCGAGCCAUAACAGUUUGGUAUACAGCAACCCGGUCAGCUCACUGGGAAACCCCAACCUUCUGCCACUGGCCCACCCUUCUCUGCAGAGGAAUAGUAUGUCUCCUGGUGUAACACAUAGACCUCCAAGUGCUGGUAACACAGGUGGUCUGAUGGGUGGAGACCUCACAUCCGGUGCAGGCACCAGCGCAGGGAACGGAUAUGGCAACCCCCGAAACUCACCAGGUCUGCUGGUCUCACCUGGUAACUUGAACAAGAACAUUCAAGCCAAAUCUCCUCCCCCUAUGAAUCUAGGGAUGAACAACCGUAAACCAGAUCUCCGAGUUCUUAUUCCACCAGGCAGCAAGAACACGAUGCCAUCAGUGAAUCAAAGGAUAAAUAACUCCCAGUCGGCUCAGUCAUUGGCUACCCCAGUGGUUUCCGUAGCAACACCUACUUUACCAGGACAAGGAAUGGGAGGAUAUCCAUCAGCCAUUUCAACAACAUAUGGUACUGAGUACUCUCUGAGUAGCGCCGACCUGUCAUCUCUGUCUGGCUUCAACACUGCCAGUGCGCUUCACCUUGGCUCAGUCACUGGCUGGCAACAGCAGCACCUCCAUAACAUGCCACCAUCUGCCCUCAGUCAAUUGGGAGCUUGCACUAGCACUCAUUUAUCUCAGAGUUCAAAUCUCUCCCUGCCUUCUACUCAAAGCCUCAACAUCAAGUCAGAACCUGUUUCUCCUCCUAGAGACCGUACCACCACCCCUUCGAGAUACCCACAACACACGCGCCACGAGGCGGGGAGGUCUCCUGUUGAUAGCUUGAGCAGCUGUAGCAGUUCCUACGAUGGGAGCGACCGAGAGGAUCACCGGAACGAAUUCCACUCCCCCAUUGGACUCACCAGACCUUCGCCGGACGAAAGGGAAAGUCCCUCAGUCAAGCGCAUGCGGCUCUCUGAAGGAUGGGCAACAUGAUCACAUUAUUACUUAAUAGUUUUUUUUUUUCUUGCAGUGUGUGUGUGUGUGCUAUACCUUAAUGGGGAAGGGGGGUCGAUAUGCAUUAUAUGUGCCGUGUGUGGAAAAAAAAAAAACCGUCAGGUACUCUGUUUUGUAAAAGUACUUUUAAAUUGCCUCAGUGAUACAGUAUAAAGAUAAACAGAAAUGCUGAGAUAAGCUUAGCACUCGAGUUGUACAACAGAACACUUGUACAAAAUAGAUUUUAAGGCUAACUUCUCUUCACUGUUGUGCUCCUUUGCAAAAUGUAUGUUACAAUAGAUAGUGUCAUGUUGCAGGUUCAACGUUAUUUACAUGUAAAUAGACAAAAGGAAACAUUUGCCAAAAGCGGCAGAUCUUUACUGAAAGAGAGCAGCUGUUAUGCAACAUAUAGAAAAAUGUAUAGAAGUUUGGACAGACCCGGAAAGGGGUGGCCAUUGGUAAAUGUUAGGAACAUGCCCGGUCACCUAAUGUCCCGAGCACGCUCACAAACCUGCAGGCAAAUCAUUGGCGUAUGGCACUCAUUCAAAAGGAUCAGAAACCAUUCAAAGAGGACCAUACCUACUUUAAAAGAAAAGAAAAGAAAAAAAAGCAAAAAUAGAAAAAAAAAAUAAAAACAAAAAAGUGUGGCGUUUGAGAGCUAACGUAUUUAAUUAAAUAAAUAAAUCUGGGUCUGCAUCUCUUAUUAAAUAAAAAAUAUAAAAAUAUGUACAUUACAUUUUGCUUAUUUUCAUAUAAAAGGUAAGAAAGAGUUUGCAAAGCAUUUGUGGCUUUUUGUAGUUUACUUAAGCCAAAAUGUGUUUUUUCCCCUCAAUAGCUUCGCUAAUAUUUUAAACAGUCCUGUAAAAAUCCACAGAGGACUUUUUGUAUAGAAAGCACUACCCUAAGCCAUGAGGAACUCCAUGCUUUGCUAACCAAGAUAACUGUUUUCUCUUUGUAGAAGUUUUGUUUUUGAAAUGUGUAUUUCUAAUUAUAUAAAAUAUUAAGAAUCUUUUAAAAAUCUGUGAAAUUAACAUGCUUGUGUAUAGCUUUCUAAUAUAUAUAAUAUUAUGGUAAUGGCAGAAGUUUUGUUUUCUUAAUAGCGGGAGGGGGGUAUAUUUGUGCAGUUGCACACUUGAGUAACUAUUUUCUUUCUGAUUUCUUUUACUCUGCAUACAUUUUAUAAGUUCAAGGUCAGCUGUCAAAAGGAUAACCUGUGGGGUUAGAACAUAAUACAUUGCAACAUCCUAAAUCAUUUUUAAAACAUCAACAAAUUAUUGGGUCAACUGACAUCCAUUGUAUAUACUAAUUGGUUUCUUUCAAACUAUCUUGUUUUGUUUCUUUGCAUUUUAUCAAAAGCAGGGCCCCUUUCAGAUCUCUCCAUUUCACCACGCAUCUUGGAAUUCAGUAAGUUCAUAUCCUAACUUGCCCAUAUUCUAAAUUUACAUAGUUCAUGUUCAGCCUUGAAUUUGAUGUUUCUUAGUAUUCCCAGAGUAAGAAGCUGUGUGGUUACAUGUCCUGCAAGUUGGGCCCUAGGAAGAAGAGACGUGAGGGCUUUUUUGUUGUUGUUGUUUUGCUUUUUGGUUUUUUUUUUGGGGGGGGGUGGAUAAGUUACAGAUCUCUGUAGAAGAAAACUGUGGAAGAGUGGGUGCUAGAAAGGAGGGUAACGGUGGAGGGACAGUUGCUUGUCGUCCACCCUCAUGAUUUUAAUUGACUCGUAACAAUCUUGUCAGCAGUGUAGGACUGUUGGACAGCCUGGUGUGCAGGACCCCCAAUGUCCCUUCUGCAUAAAGCAUGUAUGUCAUCUAUUUUUCCUUCAAUAAAGAGAUUUAAUAGCCAUUUCAAGAAAUCCCAUUUUAAAAAAAUACUUUCUCUAUGUCCCUUUUUAUUAUAAAUAAUUUAACUCUUGUCUAAUAUUCAUGUGUAAGGGAUUAAUUUUCAGACCCUUUAAAAGUGAGUGCCAUAAAGAAUCAGUAUAUAGUGUUGAAGUGAUAUUUCAGGCUAGGAAAUGGUUUCCUUCUCUGGAAUGGGCAGACGAGUCAGUUCAUCUCCAGUCACCAGUACUGACAUGAGGAGCCAAGAAUACAGUGAUCUCAGUCUGCUAGAUCAUGUGUAGGACAUGUUCAUCCAGUUUUUUAUUUCCUUUUACCUGCAUAGUUACUAUGUGUUUCUCACUGUAAAAGGCUGCCGCUGGGUGGCAGAAGCCAAAAGACCUUUAACGAGGCUAUAUUUUUCUUAACUUGAUCUGCAGUCCAUAAUUAGACCACGAUGCACCUUUGGUUGUAUCUAUAUAGGAUGCUAGCCUGCCUUGUACUAAUGUUUUAUAUAUUAAAAACAAAAUAAAGAUAUCAAUCAUUUCAUAUAUAUCCCACUACUAAAGGUAUCCAUGGAACAUGAAGACUAGUAUUUAUGCAGAAGAAAAACAGGAAAUUAACCCCUACAAAUACGGUUAUCUAUACACCUGUUUGCAUGUUCGCGUAUGUACACAAACAUGCAGUUGAAGUGAAAAAGAAAAUCAGUCCAUUAUUUCACUCUAGACUUGAUUCCAUCCUGACGAUUCAUGUUUAUAACUUAAUAUGUAUUAAAUAUGCAAGCAUAUCACAAAUGUUCUCUGUCAUUUCAAAAUGCAUUUGUUUAUCAGUAUCAAUAGAAUCUUGCCAGUGGGUGGGAAAGGGUCAUAUAAAAAUAUGAAGAAAUAGCCAUAUUAAAAUUUUACCUGCCAUUUGCCUCCGCAACAAAGCAAACUUGAGUUUCUAAUGCUAAAGAUAGAAUAAGCUAAUGCAGCAGCAGGGGCAUCUGCUGUUUAUAGCAGCUCUGACAAUAGGUUUUUACAAACUCAAGAACAGACUCACUUGAAAACGGACUCCAGUCACCUCCUUCCCACUACUGAAUUCAAAGCAGUAGCAGAUAGCGAAGGGAUAAUCCAAGGAUUUUUAAAGAUGAUUUUAUGAGAAGCACAAUCUUUAUUGUGACCGGUAACAUUCUCUGAACAGUCACACCUGUCUGUCUUUACCCUCCUGCCUUUCUGUAACUCACCGCUUGCUGUAUUGGAAAACCAAGUAUGGUUUUUAAUCACAGAAAGUCCUUUGUAUCCAGGAGUCCGGGGCAGAGCUCUGAGGGUCUAUUAUUUUACAUUACCUGGCCUAGAGUGGCAUUUUAGACAACAUUCAUCCUUGCAAGUAGGAGAACUGUAAGUGGCAUUUUACAUGGCUGCAAGUAUUGUUAUACCUAAUCCUAUAUGAAAAGAAUUUUGGUAACAGUAAGCUGAAAACCGGUAGCGGUGUCGCAGCGCAUGCGAGCUGCGCACCUGUAGACUGUUCGCACUGACGUGUGGAGGCUGUUUGAUUCAACCUUUUUUAAAAUUGUGUUUUUUAGUAAAAUGGCUUAUUUUUUCCCAAAGGUGGAGUUUAACGUUUUGUAAUGAUGAAUAUGAAAAUGCCUGUCAUCUUUAGAUCAUUUAAAGGUUAACUAAAGUGAGAAUUGCAAAACAAACCCCAAUACACUUUUGAAAAGCAUGCCUGCCCUCUCUCACCUCUGUUUUUUGACAUACAUACCCUUUAUCUUAGAGACACCAUUUGCUCCCUCCAUCCCCUUCGCUUGCUUUCUCCCCAGAGAGUAAAUGCUUUCUUUGUAUUUCUUUAAAAAAAAAAAUCUUAUUUUUUUUUUUGAAGAAGAAGCCACUUGAACCUUAAUAAAGGCUGUUGCCUAAGCAUGGCACACUUCAUCUGUUCUCAUUUGUGCCAUCUGCUCUGGUGUCGUCACUUGUAUGGCGUUAAUUUCCUGCCACUACAGAUCUUUGAAGAUUGCUUGACUACUGGUGUUUGUUCGAAUGCUCCAGACUACAGAUGCAAUGAAAGGCUUUUCUCACUAUGUUUUAACCAAAGAUGUGGAGCAAUCCAAGCCACAUAUCUUCGCCAUUAAAUUUGUCCAUUUUGGUUAUUUUCAUAAUCGGGUAUUGCAUUUUGCCUUCCCUGUUCAUACCUCAAAUUGAUUCAUACCUCAGUUUAAUCCAAGGAGGUUGGCUAAGGGAUAGAUCCUGCUGUGGUUUGCAUGCAGCAGCCGACUCGGAGCAGACAGACCCGGGUCAUGGUAGGCAUAGGACUUGGAUUGCUUCAGAUGGUUUGCUGUAUCAGUUUCUUUCUUUUUCCUUUUCUGAGGACUUGUUUCCAUUCAACGAGAGUAAUUACAAUGGCUUGUAAGUGAGGGCGUACAAGCAUUUGCAACAAGUAUCCAAAUAGAGGCUCACAGCGGCAUAAGCUGGACUUUGUCGCCACUAGAUGACAAGAUGUUAUACCAAGUUCAACCACAUCUGUGUAUCUCAAGGGACUUAAAUUCAGCUGUCUGUAGUGAAUUAAAGUGGGGAAUUUUCAAAAGUUUCUCCUGCUGGAAAUAAGGUAUAAUUUGUAUUUUGCAGACAAUUCAGUAAAGUUACUGGCUUUCUUAGUGA